ACAAUUCAGUUUGUGUAGGUCAUUCUGCGUACAAUUUGGGAUGUCUGACGUACCUGGGAUUGAUAUCACGCUUCAUGGGCAGGAUCAUUUAUUGACUUUCUGGAAUGAGCUCAAUGCUAAGGAGCAAUCUGAAAUCCUCAAUGACAUUUCGAAGAUCAAUUUCUCUGCUCUCGGCCGAAUUUUUGAUACUCCUCCAAACUGCUCUUCCGGAAUUGAUGACAGGCUCUUGCCACCUAAUCCAGAGAUAUGUAAAUCUCUGUCGGAGUUGCGCACUUCGCAACCUCUCUUACUGGAACGCUAUCUCAGUAUUGGUAAGCUACCGUUUCGUUAUUCAAGGUGAUAUUUCAAGCUUUGCGGGCAGUCAGUGAAAAUAAAGUGGCGGUUCUAUUGUUAGCGGGUGGUCAAGGGACACGGCUUGGUGUUUCCUAUCCCAAAGGGUUGUACAAGCCGAAUUUACCAUCAGGUCGUUCAUUAUAUCAACUUCAAGCCGAGCGUCUUCACCGUGUUUCUCAUAUGUGUAAAGAAAAGUUUGGUAAAACUCCUUCGAUAACUUGGUAUAUCAUGACUUCUGAGCACACAAAAGAAACAACUGUACAGUUCUUUAAAUCAUUUAAUUAUUUUGGACAUAAUUGUGACAACAUUGUAUUUUUUGAACAAUACACUCUUCCAGCCUUUUCUCUAGAUGGAAGAAUCCUGUUGCAAACUAAGUCUAAACUAACAUCAGCUCCAGAUGGAAACGGUGGUUUGUACAGGGCUCUUAAAGAGCGCGGUAUUCUCGAUGAUAUGAAAUUAAGAGGAAUCGAAUAUGUCCAAAUUUAUUGUGUUGAUAAUAUUCUGGUAAAGGUACCUGAUCUUCACUUUAUCGGAUACUGCAUUGAAAAUAAUGCAGAUUGUGCUGCAGAAGUUGUUCAGAAGCUAGACCCAGAAGAACCGCUUGGAGUUGUUGGAGUAGUAGAUGGUCAGUAUCAGGUCGUAGAAUAUAGUGAGAUAUCUCCCGUUACAGCAUCCUUACGUGUAAACCAAUAUGACUCUCAUAAUAAUGCACACAAUUCAAACAAUGGUGAAACAAGUCGUUUAGUUUAUAGUCAUGGAAAUAUUUGUGUACAUUUCACAACGAGAUCAUUUUUGGAACGUGUUUGUCAGGAUGAUAUACAAAUGAAAAUGCGUUAUCAUCGAGCUCAAAAGAAAGUUAAUUGUAUAGAUUUGCAAACAGGAGAAUUGAUUGUCCCUCAAAAACCGAAUGCAAUCAAAUUUGAAAAAUUCGCAUUCGAUGUUUUUCCAUUUGCUCAUCGAUUUUUUAUAUGGGAAGUUCCUAGAGAUGAACAAUUUUCUCCGCUUAAGAAUGGACCAGGUGCAAUUAAGGAUUGUCCUAAAACAGCUCGACUUGAUUUACUUAAUUAUCAUACUCGCUUAGCGGAAAACGCUGGUGCAAUACUAGUAAAUCAUAGUUCUACGUCUAAUGGGAACGGACACGUAGAUAAUGUUCAUGACAAGCCCUUAAUUGAAAUUUCACCUUUGAUUACUUACAAUGGUGAAACUGAAUAAAUUUGGAAACACAUCCUCGGGGAUAAUUAUCAACUAACACAGUGUCCGAAAAUUCCUAUAGAUUAUCUGGAUAAUGUAAUAACAAGAAGAUUAUCAGAACUAUGUGAUAUAUUAGCGCAAUACAUUUCGAACAAUCUGAUCACACAUACUUGUUACGAACAUUUAUAUUUGAAAAUAAAAGGCCAAUUAGACAAAUGGGGGUAAGAGGAACCAAAGAUAAUCAGUAAAAUAAUAUGAGAAACAAUUCUUCCUUUCUUAAAUAUACGUAUAUGUAGACGAGAAGUUGAUUCAACCAAACUAUCUAUUUUUAAAAAGGCAAUUUGGACAGGCCAAUACCUUAGUUGUUAUAAUUACUAUCCAGCGCAAUACAAACGGGGUUUGAUAAGGGGGCCUAUUUAACAGGAUUAAUGGUAUUGGCACUAAUGAUACUAAGUUGUUGAAUAAAACACUAAUGGAAAAUGGUUAUCCGCUAAAAUUCAUAAAUCGAUGGAAAGAUCGUGGUAUAGUGAGACCUACUAUAGCCUUGGCACAAAAAGCCUGUCUACAUCGUCUUACCGUUUAGAGAACUUAACAUGUCUAAAAGGUGUUGAAAUUCAUGGUCUCAAUCGUUUGGAACAAGACAUAGAAACUGGUAAAACAAUUUUAUUUUCUUGUGAAAUGAAUGGUGACAUCUAGUCAAGAUGUGUAUAAUUUUUUUUCUUUUAACACUGAUAUACACAAUAACCAUACAUACAAAUGGUCUUCCCUAGUUAAUAUAUUGAACCACAUUCAUGCUGUGAUUUUUCUAUGAGUUAUUUUGUUUCAUAUAUUUUAGACAUUCCAUAUUACAAACUGUUUUUUGUAACUGUUCGCCUAUAUGUUAAUGUUUGAAACUAUCUGUUCUAAUGUGAUUUUUUAAAAAAAAAACAAAAAAGAAAAUUCAAUUCAUCAAAUGUUGUGUACAAUCAGUGUGAAAUUCAUUCUUUUCUAAUUCUAUAUGUUCAUUUUACUUUUUUAAAUGUGCUCAGUGAAUAUGAUUGGUUUUGUUAGCAAUAAUCUAUGAUACUAAAUUAUAUUGUUGCUAUCCUCUCUUUUAUUUAUCAAUUUGUUUUGUAACUUUUAUUCUUAAAAAAAUAAAAUAAAUACACUUUGUAUUGUU